UCUACCUAAAUCAGCAUGGAGAAACGGCGUUGGGUUUCGUGACGUGCUUUAAGGCGCAGUCGCAAUAAUCCGCGCAUGAUUGCUAGCUUGUUAAUUGCCACCUGCCUCUGUAACCUGUUGGCUUCUGUCAACGACAUUUAGGACCGACAAUUGAUUUGCUCUGUGGCAAACGACGGUCGGCGAGCCAGCAAAAUAUCUUAGUUUAUUGUUUAUUGAGACGAGUCAAUAAGUUUUAUUAAAUUUGCUCAGGCGUUUCAGUUCGCUUCAUGUGUUUAUAAAGUGGAAACUUUAUUUCGUUUGGCCAACAACAGCCAAUCAUUUCUAAAAAGUUAGAUUUUAUAUUAUUUUACAUAUCUACUAAUCCAAAAUGAUCCCUAGCACAUGCUGUUGCGAUGGAUAAUAUACGGGAACUUCGUGACGUAGUUAGCUCUAAAUUCCGCAGCUGGCGGUCGACUUGUGACGUAAUAGCGUGGAACUGUCAUUCCUCGCGCAGGUUGAUUCAACUCGUAACACACAAGUAUCCCAGAAGCAAUUUAAACUCCAUGACGUCAUCUCUCGUGACGUCACGGCAAAAUUUAGUUCAGGAAGACCAAAAUGAUUUCGUCACGCCGGAAGGUGUAACAACAACAUUUGAUUUUGCGGCAGAAGCUUUUGCAAUCCAAACGGAGGACAAAAAAGACUUGGAUACUGACCGACACAGUUUUGUGAGCCGCAUACUUCGUGAUUCACCAUCGGAACGUCCGAAAUGGUUGGCAUUUGAUUUUUCCAGAAACGAAAAAGUCGUUCUACAUAAAACAUGUUCAAAAUUUGACAACAUAACUCCUGUGGGAAAGCACUCUCCUUGUUUGAACCGAGACAUUUUUCGCGAGGUUAUUCUCAUGCGAUGCACGCGAAAAUGUCCGUUUAUCCUCACGUAUUAUGGCUUUGCUUUGGAUAGGGCGAAGAACAUAUAUAUUUCCACAGAACACUUCGACGGGGAGAGUUUAGAGUCGAUCAGAGUCAGAAACCCGACAAACAUGUUACCCGAAGCAAUGAUGAAGUCGAUUAGCUGGCAGAUCCUACAGGGGUUACAUUAUCUACAUUCUAUAAAAAUCGUCCACAACAAACUGGAUUCGUCCGCUGUGAUGAUUCAGCGAAUUUCCAGCAAUUCCACUUCAAACCAGUUGAAUCCGGUGGAAUAUCGGGUAAAACUACGACACUUUCGCCAGGCGAGAGAUCAGGGCGCUCCGAUGCCGAAUUGUGACAAACUUCGUUGUAAUUCUCUUGGGGGAAUUCACGCAUCGCCAAGGCGUGACGUUUGUGAUCCCUCCUAUGACGUCCUAUGUUUCGGGCAUUUGCUUUUCCGCUGCAUCACUGGUUACAAGCCGUGGAAUAAAAGUUGUUCUUGUGACCAUGACUACGUGACCCACUGUCGUCGUUUUAUAUUGUCCCGGGACAAGAAACCUACAAACGAACUCUUACAAAGGUCGCAGACGUUUGAACUAAACAAGAAACUAGCACUGGAUGUUUUACCCUCGCUACGUGCAUUACAAAUUAAUCUGAAUACCAAACAUAAGAAAGAAAACGUAAAACUGUGGAAAAGAUUCUCUUCCAGUUUUUCUGAAGUUCUUAUGCUGUUGCUUGCACCAAGCGAUGAAGACAGACCUGCCGUUGGGAAUAUAAUGUCUGUUUACGACCACAUAUUUGACUCAAGUCAUCGCGAUUGCCCAAAUUGGCUUAAAGAUAAACGUGGACAUAUUUUAGCCAGUUGUAUUUCUUAAGCGUGUAGGGACUUUAACUUAUUUACCAUUAAAUUAGUACCGUACUUCAAAUUCUAAUACAAGAUGGUUUUGUUAUGAUUGGCAUAUUGAUUAGUUGCUCGUUGUGCAAGUACGCGUUUUAUGGGCUUUAAUAGCGCUGAACUCGCUAAAUCGAACCAGUCGAUCAUAUUGGUACUCGGGAGUCGGAUCAAUGUAUUUCCUUGUCUUGUAUAGAUUACUUUAUUAUAUUCAUA